GCCUCCUUCGCGGCCGCCCGCCGCCAGCGGAGCCCCCUCCGCUUCCCUCUCCUGCUGCUGCUGCUGCUGCUGCUGCUGCUGCUGGGUGCGUCCCUGGGCGCCUCCUCGCCGCCGUCCGCGGCCAAGCUGGGCUGCUGGUUCGUGGAGGAGGCGCGUGGGGGGCGCGGGGCCGGCUCGGUGAUGCCCAGCGACCUGAGCCAGCGCCGCGCUCUGCUCGUCCUGCCGCCGCCCGGCCAGCGCCUCUCCGAAGCCGCCCUGGAGCCCGAGCUGCCCGCCGAGGUGGAGCCCGGCCUGGCCUUCCAGCUGCUGGACCCCGCCGGGACCCUCUGGAGCGGCAAGGAGGCUGGCGCCCACCCCCGCUGGGCGGCCUCAGCUCUGCCCGGCCCCGGAGAGCCGGAGGUGGCCUGCGAGAUCAACCCCUACCACCCGCGGGAGGCGCACGUGCCCUGGGCGGUGGGCCUGGUGGGGCAGAAGGGCUGCCCGCGCUCCCUGGAGGGCCGCUGGGUCAUCGCCACCGUCCAGAACCCCCAGGUGGACUUCGGGGUCAGCAGCAUUCUGCACCAGGAGGGGCCGUUGCCCGGGAAACCGGAGGCCAGCAGGGUCACCAUGGCAACAGGUAUGCCUCAAAUGGGGGCCGAGAUCGCUGCUGCCGUCGAUCUGGCUGCCAGUGCAAAGCAUUUUGAGCUGCUCCUGGAUCGUUUCGGCCCCUACCGGCUGAGUUACACGCGGAACGGCAGGCAUCUCCUCCUGGGGGGCCGGCGGGGCCACGUGGCUGCCCUGGACUGGCAGACAAAGAGCCUGAUGUGUGAGAUCAACGUCAUGGAGACCAUCACGGACCUCACGUGGCUGCACACGGAGACCCUCUUUGCCGUGGCCCAGCGGAAGUGGCUUUACGUCUACGACCAGCAAGGCGUGGAGCUGAACUGCCUGAAGCGCUUCAACGGCGUCCAGCGCAUGGAGUUCCUGCCCUACCACUUCCUGCUGGCCACAGCGAGCGAGUCCGGCUUCCUGCAGUACCUGGACAUCUCGGUGGGGAAGGAGGUGGCCACCAUCUGCACCAAGGCUGGCCGGCUGGCGGUGAUGGCCCAGAACCCCUCCAACGCCAUCGUCCACCUGGGGCACAGCAACGGGACGGUGACCCUCUGGAGCCCCAGCGCCAAAGCCCCCCUGGCCCGGAUGCUGUGCCACCAGGGGGCCGUGAGGGCCGUGGCCAUCGACCCCUCUGGGAGCUACAUGGCCACUUCGGGGCUGGACCACAAGCUCCACAUCUACGACCUCCGGGCGUAUCGCCGCCUCCACUCUCUGCUGCUGCCCUGUGGGGCUGGGCUGCUGGAUUUCAGCCAGCGGGGGCUCUUGGGGGCCGCCUGCCAGGAGGUGGUGCAGGUGUACAAGGACGUCUCGGUCGGCCCGCCCCAGAAGCCCUACCUGUGCCACAGGCUGCCCGGCCCCUCCCACGGCCUCCGCUUCUGCCCCUUCGAGGACGUGCUGGGCGUGGGGCACCAGCAGGGCUUGGCCAGCCUUCUGGUCCCAGGCGCUGGGGAGCCCAACUUCGACGCCUUGGAGAACAAUCCCUUCCGCAGCCGCCGGCAGAGGCAGGAGUGGGAGGUGAAAGCUUUCCUGGAGAAGAUCCCAUCGGAGCUGAUCAGCCUGGACCCCACGGAGCUGGGCCGGGUGGACCCCAUUUCCUCCGAGCAGCAGCGCAAGGAGCGGGCGGAGAGGCUGGGCUACGACCCGGAGGCCAAGGAGCCCUUCUCCCCUCGGAGGAAGCUGAAGGGCCGGGACUCGGCAGGCAGCCGGCUGAAGCGGAGGAAGAAGGUGGCCGCCGAGGAACAGCGGGCCCUGGUCCGGAAGAGCUUGGCUGCCAAGGCAGAGGGGCAGCCGGCGGCCCCCAAGACCAAACUCCCCGCGGCCCACAGCUCGGCGCUGGAUCGCUUCCGGAAAUAGCGGGCAGAGGACUCUGGCUUCCCUGCCACACGCAGGACGGUGGCUGUGAGUGGCUCAGGCUCUGGACACCGGCCGUGUGCUGGACAGCUGGGCCCCAUGGACCUUCCCUGAAACUCCUCGGGGGCUUUUUGGGACUCUGGACCUUUGCCUGAAUACAGACUUGUGAUUGGUU